GAUUGUGGGGGACCGGUGGUGCCUGGAAAGGUGGGCGACAGCUCGGCGCGUCCGCGCCGGGGAGAUGCGCAGCCGAUCGGAAGAGCCAGGAUGAAUAUGACUCAAGCCGGGGCUCUGGGGGCUGCAGCUGCAGGGCUGGUGGUUGUUCUCCUCUACGCCUCCAUCCACAGGAUCGAGGAGGGACACCUUGCUGUGUACUACAGGGGAGGAGCUUUACUUACUAGCCCCAGUGGACCAGGCUAUCAUAUUAUGUUGCCUUUUAUUACUACCUACAGAUCUGUUCAGACAACACUACAAACUGAUGAAGUUAAAAAUGUGCCCUGUGGAACCAGCGGUGGGGUCAUGAUCUAUAUUGACCGAAUAGAAGUUGUUAAUAUGUUGGCUCCUUUUGCAGUAUUUGAUAUCGUGAAGAACUACACUGCAGAUUAUGAUAAGACUUUAAUCUUCAAUAAAAUACAUCAUGAAUUGAACCAGUUCUGCAGCGCCCACACUCUUCAGGAAGUUUACAUUGAAUUGUUUGAUCAGAUAGAUGAAAACUUGAAGCAGGCCCUACAGAAAGAUCUGAACGUCAUGGCCCCUGGUCUCACUAUACAGGCUGUGCGUGUUACAAAACCCAAAAUCCCAGAAGCCAUAAGAAGAAAUUUUGAGCUAAUGGAAGCUGAGAAGACCAAACUCCUUAUAGCUGCACAGAAGCAAAAGGUGGUGGAGAAAGAAGCAGAAACAGAGAGGAAAAAGGCUAUCAUAGAGGCAGAGAAAACUGCACAAGUGGCAAAAAUCCGGUUUCAGCAGAAGGUGAUGGAAAAAGAAACUGAGAAACGCAUUUCUGAAAUUGAAGAUGCUGCAUUCCUGGCCCGAGAGAAGGCAAGAGCAGAUGCAGAAUACUACACUGCACACAAGCAUGCCACUUCAAACAAGCUCAAAUUAACCCCGGAAUAUCUGGAGCUUAAAAAGUACCAGGCCAUUGCUGCAAACAGUAAGAUAUACUUUGGCAGCAGCAUCCCUAGCAUAUUCAUGGACUCCUCUUGUGCUUUCAAAUAUCCAGAUGCCAGGACUGGGAGAGAAAUCUCUCUCCUCUCUAAGGAGGCCCCAGAGCCCUCUGAGAAAAGCCCCAUUGGAAACAAAGCAAGCACAGGUUGAUGCAAGAGCUGGAAAAACUUGUCUCUACCAAGAUAUGGCAGUCGGGAGGGUGGGUGGGUGGGGGCAAUAAUCGGGACAAGGGUUAUAAUGACUGCAAAUUAAUUCACAGAAUUACUGCUCAGUCUACUCUGCUCUCCUGGGAUAGGCCUGGUUUAUCCACUGACUGCAGGACGCAGCUCCCUGGCAGCCAGGUGGUUUUCUUCAACCGCAGUUCUUUCAAGCUCCCUCUGUGUGUUCCUUUAUAAGCUAGGUACUUGUGAAUAAGGAAAAGACUAAUGCUAAGACACUGCCUGCACUGGAAUGUUAAACACAAAAAUCUGUAGGAGUUAAUGGCUUUUCUAAGUGGCAAUCUGCAAAUGUUUACAUCAGACCCUAGGGAAAAUGGGCCAAAGGGACCCAGGUGUACAAUAGCUACAGUAAAGAGAAAUUCUACAAAUGACUGGGUCCUAGGGCUCAUUAUUUUCCCCUUUGGGGUACAGACUCAGAAUUCACAGAAGUGAUUGACAUCCAGUCCAUUGAGGUUCUCUGGGAAAAGACCUUCUAAGUGAGUGGAUUCUGUUGUCCAACAGCAAAGUUUGUGGCCAUUUGGUCCAUAGACCUUGCCAUCCAACCAGAAACUCUUGAAGAUUUCUUGCUGCCACAUCUUAGGUGUGUGGAAAUUGCACAUAGGUGCGGAGAUUCAGCAGCAACAGACUCAGGGACAGGGUGCUUCUGAUUCUAAGGUCAUUAAACUAAUCCUUUCUUCUAUGGACCGUAGUACUGCUGUUCCUGAUUUCCCCUCAUUUGGGCGAUUGUUGGGCUGUAUUUCUAUCCAGGGAGUUUGUAGCAAGCUGUCUUAAGACUCUGACGUGGGAGUUACUUGUUCUCAGCUCAGCAGCUGCCUGAGAAUGGAGUAGGGCUUUGCUAUCCACUACACACUUUUAUCCUAAAUGAAAGAGGUUUUGUUCUUUAAACUGGAUUUGGGGGCAUCAGCAUGCCCCAGCACUCUGCCUAUUUCUGAGGCCAAGUCCUGUGGCUGCCCUGGUAACUCUGUAGCACAAUGAUUCUUGCUACUGUUCAUCAAAAACCCAAAUGUAGUAAGAAGUAUUGUUUAGUGCACUUUGACAUCCCUUACUUUCUAUGUCCUCGCUGGCUAGUUGGUAACUGCCUAGUCUUGGGAUGCUAAAGUGGUCAGUUUGUCCUUCCCAAACUGUCACUGGAAGGCCAUCAUCCUGCCAAUGACACCUGAAAAGGAAGAAGAGUCACUUUUGGGCAGUGCCACAGAAAGAUUCCGAAUUGACACAUAUCCUAAUGGUCUGAGACCUCUCAAACCCUCCCAAAAGCAACAGUAACUAAGUGUGCAAGUUAUGAAGCUGUUUCUAGUUGGACAAGAAAACCAGACAAGAAAAUCAUUUGUCUGCUCUUGUGCCAAGAAGGUAAAGCCCAAACCUGAAAUAGAACAUUAGUUCUUGAGAUCUGUUUCCUGGGCUGUGCACUGUGGCGGCAUUGUAAUUGGAAAUUUGUUUUUAUUCUUUGCUUAGUUUAUAAAUUCAGUUUUCAAUUCAAUUUUGCAUCCUCUAUGCCUCCUAUACCUGUAAAGUUUCUUGGUAAGUUGAUCAAAAUAAACUUGGCAGUCCACAUGGCUUUAUUGUUGUUGCUGAUUGAAGUAUCUGUUGUGGAAAAAUUUGUGUCCUUGAUCCUUUGUACUUUUAGACCCAGAGAUUCUCCUCCAUUUAAUAAGCUAUAGGCCUAAAAAUCACCCUAAGGUGAUAGUGAUGGGUUCCUGUUUGCCCACCCUACACCUGCCAGGUCUUAGAAAUGGGAUGCCAUUGUGGAGGAAAUUUUUUUCAAAUUUUAAAGGAAGUACACAUCCACUUAAACUCCCCAAGAAGCUUGUCUCCCAGUGCUCACUCAGUUCAGUGGGCUUUUGAUUCUGUCCCUUCUUUGGGGAUGUGCCUUUUGGUAAAUAUAUGCUGUAAUCUUGAAGUCGAAAUUUAUAUGCAAAAUGUUACUUUUUGAAAGAAAACUAAAUAAAAUGAUUUUACUAUCA